ACGCAACUCAAUCGCAACGCUCACCGGUGCACCUCUCCAGUCCUCCCUCUGGUGCCGUAUAUCUUCGUCUAUUUUCCUGCCAGUCAUGUCUGCUACCUUCACGCCCUCGUCUGUCAUUGACAUGGACAAAGAGCGCGACUGGGCCGCGAACUUGGGGAUGCUUGACUGGGACAAUACCGAGAUUGUCUUCAGCAAGCGGUCGCUCCUGGAGUUCUUGAAAUACGCAGGGGUGACUGUGGAUCCCAACUUCACAAACAUCCAAAAGCUCCCGCGAUACGCUCGUUUCGGUACACUGUCCGGCGGUGGCGAUGUUGAGCCUGAGGCAACCAUACAGCAGGAAUCCCCCACAACGGCAGCACAGCAAGCGGAUAAUGCCUACCGUCCUUCCCGACGGGUACGCACUGCGCCCGGUGGUGGCCAUACAAACAUCUUUGGCACAGACACCGACGAUGCACUCGCCGCUGCUCCUCCACGUGCCGUCCAGGCACCCUCCGCUGUUGCCUCGCCCGAGACAACGGCCGACGCUGUUCCGAAAGCAACGCCUGAAGACACAGCUCCCGAGAGCCGUCCAAAAUCGAAGCGUAACACCUCUUCUGGCGUUGGAAGCUUGUGGGACGAGCCUGCCCCAAAGGAAUUCAAACCCACUCGCCGCGUACGUGAAAUGCCUGGAGGCAAGGACAGCAUAUCUUCUUUAUUCUGAUUGGCAGGGUCUCCCAUCUCGUAAGAUUGUGCUGCAGUGUACCAAUGUACGGGGACCAAAUGGUGCUGGAUCGCUACGUAGUGGGUUAUUACUGGGUCGAUUUGUUUGUCAGUAUAUUGGAAUGCAUCUGGUGCCGUUGUGUGCUGUAAAGCAAAA